GCGAAGAGUGCAAAUCUUGUUUGGUCUGGGUCUAUGAACUAAAGCGUGACUUUAACGAUAUAUACAGGGUUAAAAAAACAAGCCUUGCAAAUGUCUCGUUAGCCUUAGCCAUUAGUUUCAAUCGAGUACUUAAAAAAGGACAGAGGAUGGAUAAUUAUUAACAUAAUACUGCCAGGCAUUCAAUAGCAACUUUUCUUUUACUAAAGCUAGUGUAAUGUCCUUCUCUGACAGUAUAAAUCGUAACCUCAUUACCAAUCUAUCAUGAGACUUGAAUUAAGUUGGCAUGUUUAUGGUGACAUAUAAAAGCGCGAAAUAGGAUGUUUCAGCGUUUUUGUCAAUAAAGGAAAUAAAAGCACUCGUGAGAAAAUAUUUGAAACUACGACACGACUCCUUAAAAUCCAUCUUCAAAUCGAUGGGGGAUCAAUAAUCACUGAACCAACAUAAUGACCACGGCGAGAAUCUCUUCUAGAUGUCAUGCAUUAGCUGUACGAGUCCGAUUAGACGUGGUAGGCUGGAGCUCGGUGAAAGCCGUCAUGCAAGUGAAGCUGUGAGCCCAGCGGAGAGCGAGGCUGUUCAGAACUGGGAACUGGUGAAUGGCAAUCUGUUGGUGAACUUACGCGGACGGCUGUCAGACGGCGACACGGGAGCCUUGCGUAAAACAAAGUGGAGCGCCUACAAGUCUGGAGCUAACCAACUCCGUAAAGAGGAUACACAAGUUGGGUCGGACGAACUGCUAAUCACUUGUUACCAGCGCUACGCUGUUAGUAACAUGCCUGCCAUCAAAAAGGAGAGGCUGGAUGGGGAAGAUAUGGCAUUAGCUGCCUUCAACCAUCCCGAAUACCUGGCCCCUUUAAAUGCCACCGCUAUCCCCGUGGUGACCCCUCAUCCUCCGCCGUACGACCACAUUUUCGCCCAUCAUCGCGCUUACUUGGGGCUACACGACACAACGCUGCAUCACCAGAGCCUCCACCACCACCCGGACGACUUAAUGCUGGAGAGAUUCUCCUCCAUCCCGGACUUUCAGCCGUUUUUUGACAACGGGGAACCGUGUAUCGAAGUGGAAUGCGGGGAGAACAAGGCAUUACUCUAUAUUAACAAACUGUGUCAGGGCAGUAAGGGACCCUCAAUCAAAUAUCGGGGUGAGUGGCUAACCCCGAACGAGUUCCAGUUUGUGAGUGGACGGGAGACUGCAAAAGACUGGAAACGAAGUAUCAGACAUAAAGGAAAGAGCUUGAAGACCCUUAUGUCCAAAGGAAUCUUACAGGUACACCCUCCAAUCUGUGAUUGCCCUGGCUGUCGGAUUUCAUCUCCAGUGAACCGUGGGCGUUUGGCAGAGAAGCGUACCGUCCCCCUCCCCCCAACCCGCAUCCCCAAGAAGGAGUUGGCCUCCAUCUUCAGCAGCGACGAUAGCGAGGGCAGCGAGCGUGCCAGCGGAGACCAUGCCGACAUCAAGCAGGAGGAUGACCUGCACUACAGUAUCAUGAGAAAGAGUCGUGACAGUGACCUCUCAACGAUCAUCUCCAACCUGCACAACACCCGACAGCACGGCAUGCCCGAGGGCCAGCCCUGCACCGACAUCAACAACCUUGGCCCCGGACAGGCAGAUGACAUUUUAGGCAAGAGGAGAGCAUAUUCACCCAACAGCAGCAGCGAGUGCGCUUCCGAGAGCAAGAAGUCCCGAAGUGUGUCUCCUAAAGAGAACUCACACACCCCUGUGUUGGAGCCGGGAAGUCACAUGACCCCCGAGGAGCACUACCGGCGGAUGAUGUCAGCGCUCAACGAGCACGGCUCUUAUGAGGAGCAGCAGCAACGCCUCUACCAGCUGGCCAACAACAUGGGCGUCCCCAGCCACGGAGAGCUGCUGCGGGUGCGUCAGGAGGCCAUGGCCGCCGUGAGGAACCCCGGGGCGAUGGAGGCCCACCUGCCCUCCGCCGGCAGCUCCUCCAGCCAGCGCCGCAAGCAGGGUCUGCCCCAGCACCGCGACGCCCACUUCAGUGAGAGAGAGAUGUCCCAUCCUCCCCCGCUGCUGUCCCCUCAGAAUGCCCCUCACAUCGCCCUGGGCCCUCACCUUCGACCUCCAUUCCUGGGGAUGCCCUCUGCACUCUGCCAAGCGCCAGGCUAUGGCUUCCUGCAGCCGGCCCAGGCCGAGAUGUUCGCACGUCAGCAGGAGAUGCUGCGCAAACAGAACCUGGCCAGGUUAGAGAUGUCCGCAGAGCUGUUGCGUCAGAAGGAGCUGGAGAACCUGCACCGGCAGCGCCUGCUGUCGGACCCACUGGGGCUGCACGCGGGCCUGCCGCCCGAGCACCCGGCGCUGCGCAGCCUGCAGGACAUCCCCGAGGGCCACCCGCUACGUGUGAGCCUGGAACCGCCCAUGGCGCCGGCGCUGGUGCUGCAUAGCAACACGCCGCUGCUCUCGCUCAACCACCAGGGGGCCUCGCAGCAGGCCGCCACGCCCUCCAAGGAGUCCUCGUCGGCGUCGGCCCUCCGCGCCAGCAGCGCGCCGGUGCGGAAGGCGUGCUGGGAGACUCGAGGGUAGGCCUACAACGGAGGGCUUACCGAGGGAAAGGAGAUUAUGAGGGAACGCCGCGACAUCGGACGGGCGGCUAAUUUAAGAGAUGAAGGGAUCCAGACAGCGAUGGCGAGGGGGGUGGGCGCUGGAGGAAGGCGGCGGAAGUCGUCCGGACGGCCCGCGGGCCGAACUGGGACGGUUGCCUGCACCCGGGGACGGGCCGAGGUCGGGGCAGGCUGGCAUGAAGGAGCUGGCGAGCUCCGGGUCGCCCUCGGCCCGUGCAGCCUAGGCACAGCUGAGUCGCCCAACCACCACCUCUACGCCCCGGGCCUGGGCAAGAGUGAGGCCAAGUACCUGCCUGCCGGAGUCAUGCCCCCGCUGCCAACGCUGCCAGGCCACGCGCUGCCCUUCGGCUUUCCCUACGCCAAUCCCUACUUCCACUCGGGCGCCAUGGGAGGUCUGUUCCUGGACGGGGAGGAGGCCGUGCCGCUGGAGGACAUCAGCAAGUGGACGGUGGAGGAGGUGUGCAGCUUCGUGGGCAGCCUUCCGGGCUGUGCCGAGUACACGCAGGUGUUCAGGGAGCAGGCCAUCGACGGAGAGACUCUGCCCCUGCUGACCGAGGAGCACCUGCUCAACAACAUGGGCCUAAAGCUGGGCCCGGCCCUUAAGAUCCGCUCACAGGUGGCACGGCGCAUUGGCAGGAUAUUCUACAUGACCAGCUUCCCGCUGGCUCUCCCGCUGCCGCCAUCUGCACUGCGCCCCCCGGACCGGGACCCCCUGCCCAUGGCCAGCGGCCCCCCCUAAAGCACCUCCUCCCCUACAAGCUGA